CGGCUUCCCAAGAGGCCCUGCGCGCUUUCCGCGCCAGCUUCGGCCUCAGCCCGCGAGCACCAACGUUGCCUUGGAGCGAGGAUGGAGAGCAGCGACGAGGCAGCAAUCGAGAAGCACCGCGUCCACUUGCGCCCUGCCACGCUGCGCGACGCCGCCCCCGCCACACUGCACCUGCUGCCCUGCGAGGUCGCGAUGGACGGGCCCGCCCCAGUGGGGCGCUUCUUCACGCCCGCCAUCUGCCAGGGCCCUGAGGGUCUCGAAGUCUCGUUUCGGGGCCGCAGUCUGCGGGGCGAGGAGGUGGCGCUGCCGCCCGGCGUCGUGGGAUACGUGAUGGUGACGGAAGAGGAGGGGUUGAUGGGGAAGCCGGACCCCUCGCGAGAUUCCGGGACUUAUGACCAAGAAGAGGAGCCGCUGGAGCGGGACUUCGACCGCUUUAUCGGAGCCACUGCCAACUUCAGCCGCUUCACCCUGUGGGGCCUGGAGACUAUCCCUGGCCCGGAUGCCAAAGUGCGUGGGGCCUUAACUUGGCCCAGCCUCGCAGCAGCGAUUCACGCACAGGUGCCCGAGGACUGAGAACCAGAGCUUGAAAUUAAAAGCCGCGAUCCCUUCCUUCACAGCAGUAAACCAGUUCUUCACUUUGGAGCCACUGAUUCCAUCACCCCAAUAAAGGAGCUCUUCACAGCACCUGAGUCUGCGCGCCUUACAGGCCCUAAGCCAGCACGAGCCCCUUUCCCACAAGAACCCUGCAGGGCUCUGGCAUAAAGAAACAAUUUAUUGCCAGGGGCAAUGGGGGUUAAGAAAGGCCAGAAUCUUUUGCAGCCAGCACCCACCCUACCCCCAAACUUCUACUUUACAAAAGAAAUUUUUACAAUACCAGCCCUCUGUACAGAGCUCCCCCACCCCCCAUCUCACUGUACACAGCUGCCUGGCUCCCUCUGGUCCCUGGUUCAGAGCAGGCCUGGGCCUGUAGCCAGCUGACCUUGGAGUUGGCCUGAGCCCUGAGCUCGCCUUGGUGCUGGGCACCAGUGGGCCCCUGCUAGGCCUGUCCCCUCCUUUUGGAGCUGUCCUCAGCCCCAUCUCCCUUAGAGUGCUUUGUGGGAGCUGUAGUGGGGACAGGGCAGGGCGGGCUAUCAGCCCCAGUCCUGCUGCUGUCUUGCUACUGCAGUGGGCAGUGCCUGGUCACCACUUCCCCCUCUUGCUCCAGUCCUUGGGAGUGAAGUGCAGACACUUGGAGUCGAUGCGAAGGAGCCGCUUGAGCAUGGCCCGCUCAUGCCCGUCCACGAUGUCCUCUGAUAGUGUGAGGAUGUACUGGCCCUGGGCAGAGGAGACAGACCAGCAAGUGGUCAGCCCACAGGGGCCUGCACUCUGCAUUCCACACACCUGUCUCCCCCUGCCUUCCUCCCUACCUUGUAGUAGUUGAUGAGAUUGAGGUACUGCAGAGUGGAGAUGACAUCCUCCUUCUUGAUGCUGGUGAUUUCACUGAUCUCACUGUGGGAGGGCAAAGGUCAGUUCCCCUGAGAACCUUCAUUUGUCCCCAGGAACCCCAGGAGAGAGUGAGAAAGCCCAGGAACAGACAGGCCAUGCCAUGCACCCCCAGGUCGGCGGGGCCAGGCUCACUUGAUGGUGAUCUGUGGCCUCUCCCCGCUUUCGGACUUCAGCCCCAUCAGGAUCUCGAGGAUGGUUUGGGACCAGUAACUUCGAUAGGAUAGGAGGCCAAGGUCUGAGAGGGGCUUCUCAGGGGUCCCUGUUUUCCCUUCCACUUUGGAGAGUUCAUAGCCUAAAGCAAUGGAGCAGGAGAGGGUAAGAGGUCACAGAUGAACAUAAGCAACAUUUGAACAGGUCACCAAGGCAGGCUGCCUAGUUCCCAUAUUGGCCCUGCCACUUGGCACUUCUGUGCCCUCAGGAAGAACUAAUGAUCAUGUAUUCACUCUUCCCCAGUGUGCUGAGCACAGUGGAGGGUGUGAGGGAACUGAGAGGAACAGCUGUAGUCAAGCACAAGGGAGACCAAAAGCCAGUGAAGGCUUAUGGGCAGGGGAUGCAGGGAAAAUGGCUCAUGGGAAGAAAGUGCCUCCAAUUUUCCUUUGCCAUCCCAGGCUUGGUGUCAUGUGAGGAAGGAAGUAGGGACUGAUUCCCAUCUCUGAUCCAGGCCUGAGGAGGCUUGAAUUCUCAGUCAAAUCAGUCCUCUUACCUAGGAUCUUGGAAGUGUGAGCUGCUCUAAGACCUGAGUGGCCUGACUGGGUGGUUGUGAGGAUGCAAGGAGAGAAGGUGCUUCCUAAGACGGGGAGACCAUUCCUGAGAGCCAGUGAAACUGACCCCGACAGUGGCUCGCUCCCUCCGACUCGUGCAGACAGCUGAGCACUGGGAAGCAGUGUCCAGUGAGAUCCUGAGACCCUGCACAGCCCUGAGUGGCUUCACAUCUCUUUGGCAGGGUCUUCAUUCUCCCCAGUCAGGGACCUGGAAUGUUUGUUACUACUAGAAGCCCUUCCUCACCCUCAGUUAUAACCAGCCUCAUAACGGACCUUAGCCCCUUGGUGAUCCCACCCACAUCCCAUCUCCAUUGCGGUCUGAGCUCCAAGAUGGACUUAGACUGAGUUUCUUCAAGCAUCCACUCGUGCUACCAGGCUGAGAAGUUCCUGAGGAUGUGACCCCAUCCGGGCAUCCUUUAACCAAUAAAAUUCCUCAAAUGGACCAUAA